AUGGGUAUCGAGGAUAAGAUUUCCGGAUUCUUCAAGGGGAAACAAGACAAGAAGAUUUCCCCAACUAGUAAGACUACCACCACUAAGGCUCAAGCUCAGCAAGAGAAGAAAGCAUCCCAGCAAUAUGCUCCAGCUUCUACUGGUUUGACCAGUGAAGCUAUGGAAAAGGCUAACUUGGAGAAGCAGAAAAGGGACCAGGAGCUAGCGGCACAAAGGGCCAAGUACCCUGCUGAGAGCUUAGUCAGACAGGACAGUAACACUUCCAUGCCAUCUCUAGACUCGCUUGACAGAGAUGACAGCAACUAUGUGUACCAAGGUGUCGAAACCGACUGGGAUUUCGACAUUAUGGAAGCCGACGCGUUGAUUGGUGGUAACAACAUUGCUGACACUGAGCUUUCUGACCAAUUGUCUCCAGAAGAAAAAGAGAGGGUCUUGGAAUCUCAAAAAGAAUACGCUGCCAAGCGUGUUAUUUCCUUCGACAACGACGAUGAGGAAAUUGACAAAGUCAAGGAGUAUGGUCAAGCUCACCAUUACAACAGUUCACAGAAGGUUUUUGCUUUCUCUCUGCCAUUAGGUGCCAACACUAACGCUGCCCCAAUGACUGUGGUUAAUUCAGUUAGUGAAGAGCGCAAGAAUGAAUUAAGAGAGAAGCUAAAGAGAAACGAAUCUAUUACCUCUUUGGAAGAGUAUGAACUAUACAAGGACGAAAAGGGUAUGACCAACACAAGAACUGAAGCCGUCAUGAAGUCAUUCCAAGUUGAUGGUUUGAAAACCUCUUUUGCCAAGAUGACCAUGGAUGGAGACAAGAAGACACACGACGGUUACUCCUACUCUCGUCUUCUAAGUAUCUAUGACGAAUUGGAGGGUGAUAUUGUUAUUCUUGGUGGUUACCGUGGUAGUAACUUACGUGAUGCCAAGACUGGUAAGCGUGUCUGGGUCCCAUUGAAGGCAGGUCUAAAUAUGACCAAGGCAAGUCUUGUUAUUGGACCAAAGGAUGAAGAUGAAAUUGAAGCUCAGAAGGUCCUAAAGCCUGAUGGUAUGUUGACCCAUGUUGGUCCAGUUGAUAUUUCCAAGAAACUGAUCCAGAAGUUUGCCCAAAAUCCAAAGGUUAGAAUCAGAGAUUUUGGUUACGACUGGAGAUUAUCCCACGAUAUCACAUCAGAGCAUCUUGCUAAAUUCCUACAAAAGAUAUAUGACAGACAAAAGGAAAAGAAGGGUAUCUAUGUUAUUGCACACUCUAUGGGUGGUCUUGUUGCCCAUAGAGUCCUACAACAACACACUCAUUUGAUUAGAGGUCUUGUUUAUGUGGGCUCGCCAAGUCAAUGUGCUAACAUUUUGGGUCCAAUUCGUUACGGUGACGAGUUAAUGUGGAAUAAGACCUUAUUAAGUAAGGAGGCUAACUUCUUUAUGAGAUCUUCUAUGCAUUUCUUGCCUUUUGACGGUAGAUGUUUUGUUGACAAGAACACGUUGGAGAGAUAUGAUUUGGAUUUCUUCGAUGUUAACACAUGGAAGGAAUACGGUUUGUCUCCGUUAGUUAACGAAAAGAGACGUAAGCUUGCAGAAGCUGUCCAAAAAGAAAAGGAAUCCUCCUUUACUAAUAAUGCAGUUGUUGGUGCAGUUACUGGAACUGUAGGAGGUACUGCUAAAUUCUUGGUUAACACCAUUCCAGGUGUCAACACAAAGAAGAAGGUUAUUUCAGAAAGAGAUGAAAUCCCAGAUGAAGUUUUCCAAACUUCUUAUGAAGAUUCCUUGGAUUACUUGGAGAGAACUUUGAAGAGAACCAAGAAGAACUUGGAAUCUCUUGAAUACAUUCCAGGCAAGGAAUACCCACCAUUAGUCAUCGUUUAUGGUAAUAGAGUUCCAACUAUUCGUGGUGCUAAGGUUAAUGGUUUGCAAGGUAUCAAGGAUGGUGAAUUUGGUGAAUUCUACUAUGGCCCAGGUGAUGGUGUCGUUCAUCAUAAAUGGCUGCUUCCAGAAAAGAGAGGUUUCCCAGUUGUAGCUAAGGUCGCUACCGAUUGUGGUCAUGUUGCGCUAAUGACUGAUUUCAAAGCUAUGGCAAAGGCAUUCGUCUCAUUGGUUGACGCUGAGAAAGAGAGAGCUAGUGCAAAGGGUAAGACCACUGCGUAA